AAAGUAUCCAACUGAUGCCAUAAAUAAAAUUAUAAAAGAAAGCCUGCUGGGCUACUCAACCGAGAGAGAAGCACCUGAGAAUCAAGGGCAAAUUUAGAAGAUGCCUUAUGAGAACUUGAACCACUUACUUUUGGGCCAAAGUCUGCACAUCCGCAGAAUUCGGCGUGCCAUCUUAUACAAUAAUGGCUCCCAAGCAAUGCAGGAAGUUGCUGGGUUCUUUAUUAUGCUUUUUGUUGAUAAUAUGGCUUUUAAUUAGUAGUUUUUUUGCAAAAUGUCAUUAUGACUGCGGGGUGAAAUAACUGAGUUUUGAUCCUUACCUUGAACUGCCUAAUGUCUGAGGAAGGCAAAGCUGGGUAUUCUUACGACUUGACCUCAUGAUCCAAUCCACUUUUGCUAAAAUAGCUAUAAAAAUUUAGAUGGCCUUAGAAGAACUUAAACCACUUACAUUUGGGGCCAAAGUCUGCAUGCAUGUUCAGAGAAUGUCGUGAAAGUUGACAUGCCACCUUAUAUGACAAUGUUUCCAAAAUAAGGCAGAGGGUUACACAUUAUGCUUUUUGUUGAUAUGCAGCUUUUACAUAGUUGCUUUUCGUGUAAGAUUUCCUUUUGCAAUCUGCCGGGUGAUGAACCUGUAUUUUCAUACUUACAUUCAUUUGUCAGCUGUGCUUCUGCUUUUUGCCUUCUUCAGUGGCGGGUUUGUUUCCCUAACUAUCCACUAUCAAUAAUUUUACCUGUAAUGUCUAUGAUAAAUAUUUUCCCCUGACUUAACACUCCCUCUAAAAUUCGCUUAUCACAUGAUUGGAUAUAAUUCUACAUGUUUAGUGGCAUGCCACAUAAGUUUGAAGAAGGGAAAGCUGGGUCCCUACCUCUUGAUUUGAGGGGUGAUCCAACCGCCAGACACUAAAUUAGCCAUAAACAUUUAGAAGAUAUGAUACCUUAUAAGAAAUUAAACCACUUACUUUUGGGCCAAAGUCUGCUUGCAUGUGUAGAGAAUGUCACAAAAUUUGGCAUGCCACCUUAUAUGACAUUGGUUCCAAAGUAAGGCAGCAAGUUCUCUAUUAUUCUUUUUGUUGAUAAUGUUUUUUUUAUUUCUUCCUGUGGCCUUGGGAGGGGGUGAUGAACUUGUAUUUUGGCUAUUACCUUGGUCUGCAUAUCCUUGCUGAUUUGGUCUCUCAGCUGCAUUUUGGCAUUUCGCCUUCUUAAGUAGUGGGUUUGCUUCCCUAACCAUCUGGGGCUUACCCAAUAUCAAUAAUUUGCCUGUCAUGUCUAUCAUAAAUAGUUUUCUAUCUUCCCACUGUCUAAAAAUUGCUUUGCACCUCCAAUGGAUAGGGAUUUGUGUUUUUUUAGAUGUGAGGAAGGCAAAGCUAGGUAUCCUUACAUCCUGACGACCUAAUACUAAAAUAGCUAUAAACAAUAUUAUGUGGGAAAGAUUGCCGUGCCACUCGGCCAGGAGAAAAGCUCCUGACCACUUGCUUUUGGGCCAAAGUUUGCAUGUGCACAGAAUUCUGCAUGCCAUCUUAUAUGACAAUGGUUCAAAAAUAAGGCAGUGAGUUCCGUAUUGUGCUUUUUAUUGAUAACAAUUUGUUUUGGUUUGAUGUAUUGAAUAUAAGAAACAAGGGGGACCGGCUAUGUCUUCAAUUACCAUUUGGUGGAAUGGUUGUUUGACCAAGUACACUUGUACACCAAGGUUCUUUGCUGGAUGAAAUAUGGCUAAUGAAGAAUAAAUAAUCAGAAAAACCAGAAAUCAACAAUGAAUCAUUGGCAAAAUAUUUGAACACAAAGCAAAACAUUAGUAAACAAAAUGACAGACAUUAUCAAAUAUUUAGAGGUUCGUCGAUCUGGUAUUAUAAACACCACUAAAUUCUUAAAAUCCAUGAAAUAUAUGAUAGGUACGAGCUUUCAGUACACCCAACAUUCCAUAAGGAACUUAUAUGGAAUCGAGGAUGCAACGAUACUCCAUAACAGACUUUUGAUAAUGGACUGCCUGGGUGAUAUUUAUGCUUAUGAUAUGUCUCCACAAGCUGAAUGCAUGCUGGAUGAUGUUCUCACACCCAUAACCAGUUGGACAAAUGAUCGUACUGUGAAAAAACACACAUUGUCCAACAAUUGCGUCCAAUGGGGAAAAUGCGGCCUGUUUUUCACAGUUACAGGUAAAAGCAACACCCUGAUCACCGUUGAUGGUACUGAAUUUUAUGAACUGGACAGAAUACACAUACCAGAUGCAGUAUUUACAACCAUGCACGAGCCAAGUCCUGAACGAGAUCAUCAUAUUGCUGUUGCAAGUUCACUAAAAUCAAUUGCAAUAAUUGAUUUAAAAACUGGGAAUGUUGCCUUGAAUGGAUUCAAAGGUCACACUACAUCAGUAACCGCGUUGAGUUGGUCUCAGACUGAUUCUGACUUGAUAAUGACGGCAAAUACGUCAGAAGUCCUCUUAUGGGAUCUUAGAUCGCACAAAACCCCUCUUCAUUUAGGCAUAAAUAUGUCUCCGAUUGUUGUACCUGAAAUAAGAUUUCUUGAUCGCACUAGUGUUGUUGUCCUAUGCGGACUGAAUAGAUUGGUCGUUUGGGAUAUAUUAAAUUGUAAAAGUAUUAGAGAAAUAACGGGAUUUAACCUCAAGAAAUCUAGAAAAAGGUGCAAGUAUUUCAUUGAGAUGGAGUCUAAGCCCGUACUACUUUAUCUGCCAUCGCAACACCAUGUCAAUGUUAUAAAUCUUGAAACUGGAGAAUUUAUUAAGCAACUAGGACCCCAUGUUGAUAUCGUUAACAUUGCCAUUAGUAACGAUAGGACAAAGGAACUGAUGACUUUUGCCAAACACGAGGGUUUCAUUUGGAAACCCAGUGGUUACAUGAGUUGAUUGAAUUCAAAGAAAAGAUUUAACUGAUAUCUAGUCAAAAAAAACACUAUUGAGAAAUUUAAAUGGCAUUACAAUAUUAUUGAUGUGAUAACCAUAUUUUUAUUAACUGGAAUAAGACUUAAUUUUAUUUUUUGUAUAUUCAUAUAAUUAAUUCCAUUAAGAACCAAUAUUUAUUGUUUUAUUAAUUUUUUUGUAUUUGUGUAUAAACAUUUUAUUUUUGUACGGGCAUUAAUGCUAGACAAAAUAUUUCAAACCCAGCUUAUGUGACAAUUCUUAUUCUUUCAGUUUGUUCUUUUGCAAUUUUGAUAGUGCUUUGAU